GCUCCGACGCGUGCUAUUCAUGUUCCGCUUUUCUCAGUAUGCGCUGAAACUCUCGAGGAGGACAGGGUCUCAGCCCGUCCACCGCUUCUUUAGAUGUACAUCGACUUCCGCCGUUGCGAGCGUCGUGACGCCGGGUGUAGCUCCAGCUCUGCAAAUCACACUCCGUAGUUACCAGGAAGAUUGCAUUCAGUCAGUCCUCUCAAAUCUGGAAAAAGGGCACAAAAGACUCGGCAUUUCUUUAGCGACUGGUAGCGGCAAAACAGUCAUCUUCACUCAUCUCAUAAAUCGUAUCCCAUCCGCCAACGAUGCCGACCAGACCCUUAUUCUCGCCCAUCGCCGAGAGCUGGUGGAGCAGGCGGCGCGUCAUUGCAUCCUCGCAUACCCGUCCAAGUCGAUCGAUGUUGAAAUGGGGGCCAGCCAUGCUUCUGGGGCUGCCGAUAUAACUGUGGCAUCCAUACAGAGCAUCAACUCUGGGGAGCGCAUCCUCAAGUUUGAUCCCUCAAGAUACAAGUUGAUACUUGUGGAUGAAGCCCAUCAUAUCGUCAGCAGUCAAUACCUAGACGUUUUGGAACAUUUCGGACUGCGACAUUCGGUGGAUUGGGCCCAGACGUCCGUCCCAGCGCUUGUUGGAGUCUCUGCUACAUUUUCAAGAUUUGACGGGAAGAGUUUGGGUAGUGUAAUCGAUCAUAUCGUUUAUCACAGAGAUUAUGUAGACAUGAUCGAGGAGAACUGGCUUUCAGACGUUUCUUUCACCACUGUAGACUCCAAAGCCGAUAUUUCGCGAGUUUCGUCUGGCGCCACAGGUGACUUUCAACCCGGUGCUCUCUCACGGGCUAUCAACACAGAUGAGACUAAUGAGAUUACUGUUCGAGCCUGGUUGGCCCGGGCAAAAGAGAGGAAAUCAACGCUGGUAUUCUGCGUUGAUCUGAGUCACGUUUCUAGCCUCACUUCUACCUUCAGAAAGCAUGGCUUUGACGCCAGAUUUGUAACUGGAGAUACGCCAAAGAAAGUGCGCAGUGAGAGGGUCGAUGCCUUCAAGAAUGGAGAGUUCCCUGUGCUGCUUAAUUGCGGCGUCUUCACUGAAGGGACUGACAUUCCCAACAUCGACUGCGUGCUCCUUGCCCGACCCACAAAGUCCCGAAAUCUGCUUGUGCAGAUGAUUGGCCGAGGAAUGCGCCUUCACAAGGGAAAACAUAAUUGUCACGUAAUUGAUAUGGUCGCAUCACUCAACGCUGGAAUCGUCUCGACCCCUACGCUCUUUGGGCUUGAUCCAGCAGAAAUUGUAGAAGACGUCGGGACUAAGGACAUGAUAGAGCUUCGCGAGCGGAAAGAGAAGGAACAGCAACGAGAACAAGAGGCGCUCCAGUCGCAGACGUCAAAAACGGCGAAAAGUAUUCCUGGACGGGUCACUUUUACCGAUUACGAUUCCGUACACGACCUCAUUCAAGAUACUUCUGAAGAACGAUUCAUUCGUGCUAUUAGUCCGUAUGCGUGGGUUGGUGUAGGAGACGGCAAAUACGUUUUGACGACGAGGACUGGCAGCUAUCUCGUUUUAGAACCCGAUGGGAGUCGCUUCGUUGUCAAGUUUACCCAGAAGCUGCCGGAGGGAAUCCGUUCAAAAAGUCCAUUUGCAACACCAAGAGUCAUUGCUCAGACACAUACUUUUGAGCACGCUGUCCAUGCCGCGGACACCUACGCAAUAAAGGUGUUUGAGUUUAUGUUCAUCUCAAAAAGCCAGGCUUGGCGACGGAAACCAGCUUCUCAAGCCCAAGUUGACUUCCUCAACAAAAUGCGCUCCAAGGACAACCAAUUAACCACAAAUACAAUCACCAAAGGCAAAGCUGGGGAUAUGAUUACGAAGAUGAAGCAUGGGGCUAAGGGUAGGUUCGAGAAAAUGAGUGCGCAAAAGCGAUUGGCCCAACGCAGUCAAGAGAAGAUGCAGUUGUCACAGAUGCAGAUGAGGGACCAGAUCAAAGUCGGCCCACUUUCGAGAGACAGCUGAGUUUUUACAUCAUGAACUUGGCUCUCGACCCGUCUCGCUCAGUUACAAUAAGUGGCCUGGGGCAAUUUGCGCAACAGCGUUCGGCCUUCGAUUUUUGUACGUGGCCCGUCUUAUCACUGCACAAUAAAUGUAGAGAGUAACUACCAUAAUGAGCCGUUUUGAAGCCUGAAGAAGGCAGGCUUCUGUUUCUUCGACAGUAUUGCCGCCUCUCAUAUAUGCCAUAGUCUACUCUAUAGCCAGCGGGGUUACUAAACCGGCGGCCGGCUCAACUAGAGAGCAGAUUGAUUGGGUUGUUAUAUAUAGAAUGAAGCUUGAUUGAUUGGAU